UGAAGUGAGAAAUGGAAGCAUCUCAAGGGAAGGGAAGUAUGAGGAGGAGGAGGCUAUUCCUUUUCCUCAAUUGCAUUAUGAUGUUCAUCGGCAACGGCGGCGGCCCUCUCCUUAUUCGACUCUACUUCAUCCGCGGUGGCGACAGAAUAUGGUUCUCCACUUGGAUUUCCACCGCCGGAUGGCCCAUCAACUUCAUCCCACUCGCGGCAGCUUACUACACGCGCCGCCGCAAAAGCACCACAAGCUUUUUCACGAUUACUCGGAACAUAUUUUUGGCGGCCGCGGCCGUGGGCAUCCUGCUCGGCAUAAUCAACUACCUCUACACCUAUGGCGUCUCGAAGCUCCCCGUCUCCACGUCCUCUCUCAUCGUCGCCUCCCAGCUGGCGUUCACCGCCGGCGCCGCAUUCCUCCUGGUGAAGCAGCGGUUCACGGUGUUCACGGUCAAUGCGGUCAUGCUGUUGACCAUCGCAGCCGGGGUGCUGGCUGUGGGGUCCGGCGGAGACCGCCCCGCCGGGGAGUCGGAAAAGGAGUACGUGGCAGCGUUUCUGAUGACCCUUGCGGCGGCAGCUUUGUCUGGGGCUCUUGCGCCGUGUAUAGAGUUGACUUACACCAAGGCAACCCAGUCUUUAACCUAUACUUUGGUUUUGGAGUUUCAGAUGGUUAUGACCCUCUUUGCCACUGCUGUUUCUACCCUCGGAAUGUUGGUAAACAAAGAUUUUAAGGCAAUUUGUAGGGAGGCCAGAGGAUUUGAGCUAGGAGAAGCAAAAUACUAUGUGGUUGUAGUGUUCACCGCCCUUAUGUGGCAGAUAUACUUCAUCGGAGCCGUCGGAACCAUCCGCUAUGGAUCGUCUUUGCUCUCCGGCAUUAUCCUCGCUGCAUCACUGUCUCUCACGGAGGUGUUGGCGGUGGUAUUUUAUGGAGAAAAAUUUGGGCCGGAAAAGGGGAUUUCACUGGCGCUUUCGCUAUGGGGAUUUGUAUCUUAUUUCUAUGGAGAAGUGAAGAAUAAUGGUGAUAAUAACAAGAAAGAGGAACUGCAAGUUCAAGUAAACAAUAUGGAAGCAAAUCAUGAAACUCUUCCUAUGUAACAUUCUAUUGAAUUGCUCCAUCCUUCUAUCUAUGGAAAAAAAAAAGAAAAAAAAACUUAGAAAAGUUUAAUAAUAAACUGGUCAUAGGAGUGAAGUUUGGGAAGAAUGACCAGGGAUCUCAAAGUGAGAGUCAGAGGGCUCCUUGUACGCAGUAAGCAAAGGUCUAGCCACUGGUUCAGUUGAGUUAUCAUGACUUACAUCCUCCCAGAUACUCUGUCGCGCCGGGAUGUGGGGCCCUUAGGGUUGGGGCUUCAACUUUUUGGGAAGAAUAAAAUGUUUU